AUGACCCCACCAACUGCCCAGCUGAGUAAUACUCCCUCAGACCAGGCAAUAUCGUUGGUGCAAAAGGUCACAAACGCAGCUUCGGGUGAUUUGAUCGCCCCGUUCACCUUGCUCGGCAAAUCUGGAUUAUGCCCGAGCGAAGCCAUAACUCAGGCAGCAGCACAGUGCAAUGUAUCCGAGAACGUGAUCGAGGAUGUAUUCCCUUGCACACCUCUGCAAGAAGGUAUGAUGGCAACAACAGUCAAGCGACCAGGACAAUAUGUGAGGCGAUGGGUGUUUCGCCUAGCAGAGAAAGUCGCGAUGGGUCGUUUCAUCCAAACGUGGGAUGAGCUUGUGGAACAACAUCCUAUCUUGCGGACUCGAAUCUUUCAAACUUCGGCCCAAACAAUGUUGCAAGCAGUAAUUGCACAUAGCCCCCGGUGCUCAUCGGCCACUCAUCUGGAUGUUGAUCAAUAUAUCGCGGAGGACGACACCCGGACUUUCGGAUUGGGUAGUCCAUUGGUCCGAUUUGCCUUGGUUACGCAGACACGCAGUGAUCAUCGAUUCUUUGUACUGACCAUGCAUCAUGCCAUUAUCGACGGCAUUUCUAUUGUGAUGCUCCUCGACGAGAUUGAAGUCAAGUGCCAAGAGAAUUUCUGCAAAUCCGCGUCGGCAAAACGUCUCAUCCCUGCCCCUUUCCAAUCCCUCGUGAAGCAUCAAAUCGACAUGGAGAGCGAAGGGUUGAAAUAUUGGGAGCAAAAGCUGCAAUGCUCAAAUCCAGCGGUUUUUCCAAAGCUCCCAUCCCAAAACUACGACCCCAAGGCGAAUGAAAUCCUAGAAUACCGGAUGACUGACGUCCCCUGUCUUCAAAAGAAUGGAAUUCGACUCUCAACUGCGGUUUGGGCUGCCUGGGCAAUUCUUCAAGCAUCAUACACGCAUUCAUCAGACGUUGUCUUCGGUGUUCCAGUAACUGGGCGACAACAGAUCCCAGUCCCAGGUAUUCAACACCUGAUGGCCCCAACUGUUGCCACGGUACCUCUCCAGGUUCAAAUUGACUGGGAUGUCUGUUUAGAUACUUUCCUUCGAAAAUUACAGUCCCAGGUAACCGACAUGUAUCCCUUUGCCCAUGUGGGUCUACAGAAAAUCCGACAGAUGGGCUCAGUGGGGGACCAAGCGAGCCGAUUUCAAACCAUAAUGGGGGUACAACGUCGCGCAGUGGUGAAACCUCGCGACAAUAACACUUUUCAUUACGACAGCGAGCGCAGCGCUAGAGAUCUUGGAGUUUUCAACGGCAAUGCUCUGAUGAUCGAGUGCCAGAUCGAUGCCGAUGGUUUACGUCUCCUGAUCAGCUCGGACUCUGUGGUGAUCAAAAGAAAUCAGGUUCUGAGAUUGGCCCAGCAGUUGGAGCAUGUCCUACGCCAAAUUUGCGCCAAAGAAUCGCAGUCCAUUCAUUUAAGGCAUAUUGAGACUCUUAGUCCCCAAGAUGUACGCGAUAUUCAACAGUGGAACGAAAAUCGCCCUGCCAGAGUGAAUCGAUAUGUGCAUGAUCUCAUUGCAGAGCACGUAGACGAGCGCCCUGAAGCUCCCGCAAUUUGUGCGUGGGAUGGUAGCUUGACUUAUCGGGAAUUUGAUGACCUGUCAAAUCGGCUGGCUCUUCAUCUUUUGCAACUUGAAGUUCGUCGGGGGAAAAUUGUACCUCUAUGCUGUGAGAGAUCUAUGUGGACUUUCGUUUCUAUGCUCGCAGUGAUGAAGACCGGUGCUGCGUUUGUUUUCCUCGAUGAAGCACUUCCGCUCGAGCGUAUGAGAGAAAUCGUCACGCAAACCAGAGCUGAAGUGCUUCUCACGUCAUAUGACUGUCUGGAAAAGGCUUCUGGGACUGAGGUGCCAAAUAUUGUUAUGGCUGGUGCGGGUGCAGACUGGUUGGAAUAUUCCUAUGAUUCAGUAAGAACCUGCCCGGAAGAUCUUCGCUCUCAGCAUGCUAGGGGAAGCCCUGCAGAUUCAUUGUACAUCGCGUUUACAUCGGGCUCUACAGGGAAGCCAAAGGGGGCAGUCAUAACGCACAGCGGGUACGCCUCGGUAGCCAGCGCGCAUAAAGGUCCUAUGGGAUUGAACCAAAAUUCUCGGAUGCUACAUUUUGCUUCCUACUCCUUCGAUGCUAGCAAUUUUGAGGCCCUCACAACAUUCAUUGCUGGUGGAUGCCUCUGUGUUCCAUCAGAGGAUAUGCGCAAAAAUGACUUGGCAUCGGCCAUCACAAAACUUCAGGUCAACGCCAUGUUUUUGACACCGACUGUCAGCCGACUGCUGACCCCGGAUGACAUUCCCACAGUUAAGAUCAUGUUGCUUGGCGGUGAACCAAUAAUGGACAGUGAUAUUGCAUUCUGGAAUUCGCACUUGCAUUUGAAGAUUGUUUAUGGCCCAACAGAAUGUUCAGCCAUCUGCUGUUGCCUACCGGAUACUUCAAAUGAUGAUGCAGGUACUAUUGGCCUUGGGACUGGGGCCAGCCUGUGGGUUGUUGACCCCUUUGAUCAUCAUAAAUUAGCUCCAGUUGGAGCAAUCGGCGAGCUCAUUCUUGAAGGACCUGUAAUUGGAAACGGCUAUCUGAACAAUGCCGAGAAAACAGCAAUGGCAUUUGUUGAUCGGCCCAACUGGCACUCCAGUGUUCUCGAACAUCAUUACGACGAAAGCUUCUCUUGGUACCGGACCGGCGACUUGGUCCAAUACCGAGAGGAUGGCUUGCUUAAAUAUGUCGGACGAAAGGACCAACAAGUUAAGCUUCACGGGCAGCGGUUUGAGCUCGCUGAGGUUGAGAUCCAUCUUCGCAAGGUGUGGAAAGAAGCCAAGGAUGUAGUUGCAGCCAUUAUUACGCCAGUUGGUGGAAAAGCGACCCUGGCCGCCUUUAUAUGGCUCGAGCAAUCCUCAAAAGACAAACAGAACUUGUGCAGGGAGAUCUUUCCGAGCUCUGCCCCAGCCCAGUUUUCUAGUCAGGCCCACGAAAUUCAGGCCGAGCUUCAUGCUCUACUUCCGAGCUACAUGGUUCCCAGUCUUUUCAUUCCACUGUAUUUCAUGCCACAGCGAGUGUCCGGCAAGAUUGAUAAAGCAUUUCUUUGUUCGCAUGCCGCAACUUUCACUCGACCGGAACUAGAGACCUUUAUGGGCACAAAACCAGAGAGCCGAGAAGCAUCUACGUGGGCUGAGGAGAUGAUUGGGGCAAUUAUUCACGAUCUGCUUCAAACCGAAAACAUACCGAGUCCAAACGACAACUUUUUCCGACUUGGAGGCGAUUCAAUCGUCGCAAUGAAGCUCGUUCAGCGCGUGCGUCGUGCCAAAAUGACCUUGAAUAUCGCAGACAUUUUCCAAUCACCAAAACUCUGUGAUCUUGCCUUGCUCAUUCAACAAAGACAUGAAGAUGCCUAUCAUGCUUCUUCGUCGUCACCUUCCACCUCAUCCAACACUUCGUCGCCUUUAUUGACCUCGUCUUUGGAAUCAUCAUGUCUCAGCCUUCCACAGCUUAUGCCGUUUUCCAUGGUAAGCCCACAGACUCGGGAUGAGGUAUUUGAGGAGAUUCUCUCCCACUGCGGUGUAACCCCACAAGAAGUCGAGGACAUCUACCCUUGCACGCCCCUACAGGAAGGGUUGGUUUCAUUGAGCAUUGGUAACCCUGGCACCUAUAUCCGACGGGAUAGGUAUCUGCUGCCGCCGACCAUUGACCCAGGUCGUGUGAAAGAUGCAUGGAUGCAAGUGAUUGAUGCCAAUCCAAUUCUGCGAACCCGCAUCUAUCACCCCAGAACAGGGGAUAAAGCUUUGCAGAUUGUUCUCAGCACCACUGUGGAGUGGAAAACGUGCGAGGUGGAAAGCCUGCACGAUGCUAUAGCCCUCAAUGCUGGGAGAAAAGGAGCAAUGGGGUUUCUUGACCCGCUGCUGCGGCUCACACUGAUCAGCGAGCGAAACAGCGAUAAACUUCUGCUGGAAGUGACUUUGCACCAUGCCCUUUACGAUUCCUUGUCCAUCGAGCAGAUCUUUGGUCAGGUCGAGGCUUCUUACCGGGGUAACCAAGCGCAUUGCCGGCCCUUUGCCCCAUUUAUCGAACAAAUCGAGCGCUCGCUGCUUUCAGGGAAAUUAUUUUGGUCAAUGCAGCUUGAUGGAGCCACGCAAAAUUCGGCCAUAUUUCCCACAGUUCCUGACGAAAAUUACAUACCGCGCCCUACCGAGAAGAUGGAAAGUUCGAUAUCUAUCUUACCAGGACAUCAACACCUUGGGUAUACGUUAAAUAUCCAGUUACGCAUGGCGUGGGCUAUGACAAUGUUCCAAUAUGCAUCAUCCAGUGACGUUGUCUUCGGGGUCACCGUCACAGGUCGUAACGGUGACCUACCGGGACUCGACCUGGUUACAGGGCCAACCUUUGCGACAAUACCAAUCAGGGCUAUUCGCAACGAUUCGAACACAGUUGAGGAAACUCUAUCUUCAUUCCAAAGCCAGAUGAUCGAAGCUAUCCCCUUUGAGCAUUGUGGAUUGCAGAACAUAUCCUCUGUCAGCAAAGAUGCAGCACUGGCAUGUGGCUUCCAGACGUUGCUCAUCAUUCAAUCGGCAGCAGGCAAGCAAGAAGACAGCUGUGAAAAGAAAUUGAUAUUUGCAUCGCCUGUGAUUGAAAGCCCACGAGCAAAUACUCAAGCUGACACAUAUGCUUUAACAAUUGAGUGUGCGCCACAAGGUGAUAUUAUCACCGUGAGGGCUAUUUUUGACUCAGCUCUGCUUCCAGUUCAGACAAUUAAGCGAGUGCUGCAGUUGUUCUCACAUGUAUUCCAUGAGAUACCCCAUGAUCCAUCCCGCCGAAUCGGUGAAAUCAGCAUGAUCACCAAAGAGGAUCAAAGCCAGCUAGCUGCUUGGAACUCAACUCUGUUGGAAAAACCUAUUCUUGACGACGAAAAAUGGAAGCCUUGCUCGGUGUAUGACCUGAUUCAGCGCCAAUGUCACGCCCAUCCUAGUGAUUUCGCCAUCUCUGCGUGGGACGGUAAUUUGACAUACGAACAGCUCAACCUACAGGCAUCUAUCUUCGCAGCUCAUCUUGCUCAAAAUACAACAGUUGGACCGGAAAUGAUUGUUCCACUAUGCUUUGAAAAGUCCUUGUGGACAACCGUGGCCAUGUUGGGUGUCAUGAAGACCGGGGCUGCAUUUGUCCUUCUGGAUCCGUCGUCACAGCCUGCUCAUCGAAUGCAAGGAAUAUGCAAGCAGGUCAAUGCCAAGUUUGUUGUAUGCUCGAAGAGUUGUGUUCCAAAUUUCGAACAGCUCCCGGGUACAAGUACCUUCAUCUUGGAUGACCAAAUUUUGGACGAGGUGCAAAGUUCACAACAUCUAAUCUCGGGACAUGGCCUGCUUCCUCCCACCCACAAAAACUCACUCUACGUCGUCUUCACCUCUGGAUCAACUGGUCAGCCAAAAGGGAUAGUUAUCGAACACGGUGGGUAUGCUAUCACUGCACUAGCUCGCCAGAGCACCCUGGGUCUACACAGGGGAUCUCGCGUGUUACAAUUUGCCUCGUACGCUUUCGAUGUCAGCAUUGAAAACACUCUUGAUACGCUGAUCGCCGGCGGCUGUGUGUGUGUCCCGUCAGAAUUACAGCGGAAGACAGACUUUGCCCGGAUCGCCGACGAGUUCCAGGUCACGUAUGCAGACCUGACUCCUUCUGUAGCUCGACUUCUGAGCCCCAGUGACAUUCCAACCGUCAAGACCAUGGUACUGGGUGGAGAAGCUAUGGCCAACGAGGAUGUCAAAAGAUGGGCCAGUGAAGUUCGUCUCGUCAACGCCUAUGGUCCGGCAGAGUGUGCUGUUACUGCUACUGUGCAACACGUUCGAGCGGUCGGUACAUGCAGCAAUGCAGAUGCUAGCAAAAUUGGACGUACAUUCCCAACUGCGGGAACAUGGGUAGUGGACCAAUCUGACCACCAGAGGCUUCUUCCUAUUGGACUGACAGGUGAGUUAGUGAUUGAAGGGCCUCUUGUCGGUCGUGGGUAUCUAAACUGUGGAAAUGAGUCAUCUCGAUCAACUACCUUCUUACAAGACCAACCAUCAUGGAGAAGUCAAUUUUCCUCUUUCCUAGGGCCCAUGAUCUCGCGGAUGUACUGCACAGGUGACUUGGUCCAAUACAACACGGAUGGAUCUUUGAAAUAUCUCGGUCGGAAAGACCAACAGGUGAAAAUCCAUGGACAGCGCAUCGAGCUGGGAGAAAUUGAAUCUCAGCUUCGUAUGGUUUUCCCAUCAGCAACUGACGUACUGGUGGAUGUUUCUGCAACCAGCAAAAACCCACGGCCGUCUCUCAUAUCCUUCGUCAGUUGUUUAGGUACGAAAGAAGAGACUAAAAACGGUGCAGACACAACCAUACUACCAUCAACGCCGUGCUUUCGAAGACAGAUCGCAGAAGCAGAAGCAAAGCUGCAUGAAGUCCUUCCCCGCUACAUGGUACCCAUGGUCUUCAUUCCCGUGCGAAGUAUUCCUCAAACUGCAGCCGGCAAGGCCGAUCGUCGCACGCUAUGCCAAGCGGCCUCCGCUCUGUCUCUGGAACAAACGGAGAGUUACAUGAUAUCCCGGGACGAAGUGCGAGCUCCAUCUACCGCAAUGGAAAAAGCAUUGCAGGUCUUGUGGGCUAAGGUUCUGGGUAUUUUACCAGAAACGAUCAAUGCCAGUGAUGGGUUCUUCCGUGUUGGUGGAAACUCAAUCCUGGCCAUGAAACUUGCCGGACUAGCCAAACUGGAGGGAAUCAAGUUGUCAGUUCCAGACUUGUUUGCGAACAAGUCUUUGGAGCUACUAGCGUUCGAACUCAAUGCUUCUGCUCAUGUGAAGGCUGAGGCUACUGUGCCGUGUUUCGACUGGGAUCUGGAGGCUGCGAUUCCCCAGAGUCUGGAUGACGAGUUGCAGCUUUGUCUUCGGGAUGAAUUCCGCCGGCAGAAUGAGCUCACUUUCAAUAAGAGAGGAGUUGAAAUUGUCCUUACUGGCUCCACAGGCCACCUAGGAGGUGAAAUUCUUCGCCAAUUAGUCGGCCGCGCUGACAUUCGCUGUAUCCAUUGUGUUGCUGUCCGCCGACCAGAUCCACACGCUGUUCCAAAUUGGUCGGCUCAUGACAAUUUUGAUUGGAAGACGCUGUUUGACCAGAAGGUGAAAGUCUACCAAGGAGAUCUUUCAUUGCCGCGCAUCGGUCUAUCAGAAGACGACGAAGCCAACAUCUUGUCAAAUUGCCGAGCCAUAAUUCAUUGUGGUGCUCUUGUCUCGUUUGUCAGAAGCUAUGAUCUCAUGCGAGAUGUCAACGUUGGCUCGACCAGAUACCUCGCCGGCUUGGCAGUAAAAGCGUCGAUGGCGUUCCACUUUAUCUCAACUGUGGGAGUCAACUGUGCUCCCAACCAAGAACACACAAUUAUUGAGGAAACUUCUGCGGCACAUGCCCACCCAUCUUCUGACGGUGCAGGUGGGUACAUUGCCAGCAAAUGGGUCAGUGAGAUUUUCCUCGAGCGAGUGAAUGCCCGAUAUGGUUUACCAGUGUCCAUACACCGGCCAUCCAAUGUUGUUGGGCCCAAUGCCUCCAAGGACGAUAUUAUCAACAACUUGCUCGACACUUGUCGCCGGAUAGGAAUGGUACCCAAACUGCCGGGCUGGAUUGGCUAUUUCGACUUGAUCGGUGCUGAGGUGGCAGCGUCAAACAUCGUUGGUUCAUUAGAUGAGAGUCUCCAAAUCGAUCACAACGUCAAUAGUACUCAUGACGUUCAAUACCGACAUGAGUCUGGCGGCGCGGUCAUACCGAUCGAUGCUUUGAAGUCAGUCAUGGAGAAGACUGAAGGGAGAACUAUUCGGCUUGUGGAUUUGGAUGAAUGGAUGCAAGAUGCUCGGCUCAAUGCGGGCACGUCAGAUCUGGUUCUAGAGUUCCUAAGGAUGAGGAAGGGGAAAGGAGUCUGUAUGCCAUUGAUCCGCAACAAUCGUACGGCUUGGUUCGCUGGUGGAGCAACCCCAGGGGGUAUUUUGGGGAAAGGGAAAUUGUCGGAGAUGAAAGGAAGAAAGAUUCGUGAGGUGACUUCCCUAGUAUAG